UGCGAUUAUGUCAAGGUUGUUUGUGUAAGUCCAAACACUAGGCUGAACCAAUGGGCACAGUCUGUGUAAGAAGUUGGGCUGUGUGACGAAAUAGUGGGAUGCUAUUCAUGCGCGCUGCCCGGGGGAAAGGUGUUCCGGUCGGGAAAAAGCCACAGAGGAAGAAGAAAGGGGGAGGAAGGGAAAACAUUUGGAAAGAAAGAAAGAAACUGUAUGUUGAACGUUUUAGCGCAGUUUUCCGGCGUGGAUUGCGCAGUGCGUGUUUAUCUCUGCGAAUAUGUUUGGGUGAGCGACACGCCAACUUCCUCCCUUCGACUCGCUGCAGCUGGUUUUUUAUUGUUACACGCUUUUGAAGACUUCCACUUCUGGGGAAUAAUGGUCAUUUUCUUUCAAACUGGACUGGGCAAAGUGGAAAUCCUGCGGGGCAACAGGAGGCUUUGGUCUGCCUUGUACCUUUUUUGCUGAGGAUAAACGCUUUUGAGUUCUCGGAUACGGACGGCUCAUUUAUCCGCACAGAGAAACGUUUUCAAAUUGCUUUUUUGAAAGCCGCUAGUUGAGUCAGAAAGGGGCCGUGGUGUACCCCAUAACCUGUGUGUUUAACUCCGACACAAUCCAAGGAAACCACGUUGGAAUUCAUUCAGUAUUCAAACUCCGUUCUUAUAUUUUAAACAACCGGCAGCGCCGUUUUGAUAAAUCCACAGAGACAAAGAACCAAGUGGUAAUUAUAAGACUUGCAAGUGGUUCCGACAACAGUGGAUCAGUUGCGGAUGUGACUGCGAGACUUCGCCGUUUGAAUGGAUCGGUUCUGCGCGAGUCUGGGAGCGGAAUCCAAGACUCUUUGAAACCUGACGGUAGUUUUCACACGUUCAUUUGCUCACUGCCGAAGACAAGGCCACAAGUAGCUGCAAAAAGGAUCGCAAACAAAUGGAUGAACAUGCUCCUGUUCACACGCAUGUCCAGCAAAUUCAUCACAAGCAAACAGUUUGGAGACAAACCGUUUGUUUUCAAGUCUAACUAGUACGACAUGUAGCCUGCGGAAAAUGUCAUAGUGUUUUUAUUUAUCUUCAAAGUCAAAUAUUUAUUUUUGUAGAACAUCAGAAAGUAUUAGUUUUUAACAGUUCGUUUUUUGUGUGUGUGGAUUUGUUUUUUUUAAUUAUUAUUUUGUUAUAACCUUUGGAUGUCAUGUAUCUUUUGUUCUGUUAUCUCAUCUGCUGUUGAAACACUUGAAUGAUGCUUGUGCCCACACUGUAUUUCACUGUAUUUAUGUAGUACACUAUUUAAACUGUAGUUGUUUUCAGGUGGCAUCUAAGAGAAAUUCAAUUCGUACUUUAUAUUUUAUAUCAUAGUUGAGCGUAUAUUAAAAACACAAUGGAACGACUUGGCAGCAAACUCAAGCAAAAGCUCAAACUGAGUGACUCCGGAAGUGUCAAAUUCAGCAAAAAGAAAAACGACUUGGCCAAUGCAAAUAACAACAGUAACAGCAACAAUGCCAAUAAUGGGACCUUGGCGCAGAUCAGCGCACCCGUGAGCACACCUCCGUUCCCGCUGACCUGUUCCACCUCUGUAGAGGUGUGUGGCCAGUCAGCCGGAAGACCUGGCAAAGUGGCCGAUUCUCAGAGAAUCGCAACCUCGAAUACCACCUCGGCCACGGUACCUGAGGAUUGCGGGCCUGGAAUCGAACAUCAUCCGUCUACUCUCGCUCCUCUACGGCGUCGGUCGCCCCAGCAGCGAGCAUCGUGCUACUUACCAGAAGCGGUGGGAUGGGGCAACUCGCCCAGAGGUGAAGGUGACCCACAGGGGGCGUACUGCCCGAAUUCUCGCGCAGCCUUGAAGCAGCGGCGUUAUUCUCUGGAGCUCCAGCAGCUCGUUCGCCGCCAGCAGCUUCUCGCCCAGCCUCCUCCGCUGUCGUCCGUUCCACCUCCGUACCCAACGCACAGCUCGGCUGCCCGCUCAUCCACUGUGGAGCCCAGCUUCCUCCACGAAUUAGAGCGCCAUAAGCGCUUGUCUCUGCAGGAAGCUCUGUUCUACAAGCGUUUGAGCUCGGGUGGUGAACCUUGGGACAGCGUGCGACCUGCUUCCCUCUCGCACCCCCCGCAGAGGGCCCAUGACAGCGGCAUAGGGGGGUUCAUUUUCCCCCCUGCACCAGCGUUGAGCCCCUGCUCCUCUUUUAGCUUACAAGAGUCCGUGUUGGCAAGCCCUCGCUCCAGUUUUGCGAGCAGUACCGCUAGCGGUGGAGGCGGCGGGAGUCCCAUGGGAAGUCGGUGCAGCAGUAACCGGACCAGCGGCAUUAGUUUGGGCUAUGACACCCGCCAUACACCUGGGCCCACCCCGCAGCUCCAGCUCUCCUCGACCCAACUCGGUGGCACCACCUCGGGUCAGGCGUACCCCAUACAGGCAUCCGGGAAAACAGGAGCGCCCCCUAUGGAGGUUUGGAGGGACUGUCUCGAAGGGGUGUCGGGAGUUGGAGGAAGUGUGCACGACAGCCGUCACUCAUAUCCGCCUGCGCUAAGCACACACACUGUCACCUUCCACCGAGCAGAACCAGAAUGGGGUCCCACUGACCAGCGGGGAUCAAGAGGCGAUGGUGUGGGCAAGAGUGCACGACACUCCGACUUGCUAGGAACCCGAUACCAGCAGGAGCUCACCCGCCUGCUAUUGAGAGAUGCUGCCCUGGAAGGAGAAGCUUUACUUGGAGGCUUGACUUUAAAAGAACAGCCCGUGUCUGCCACCAUCCUAUCCAGCUCCAUAUCGACUUCAGCCCCAGUUGGAACUCCAGGGACAUGCCUGGAAGAACAGUCGGCUGGAAGGGAGUCAGUGUCAUCUGUGGACAGACAGGAGUACUUCGGUACAUGUGUGAAGUGCAGUAAAGGUGUAUAUGGUGCAGAUAAUGCUUGCCAGGCUCUGGACAGUCUCUAUCACACCCGCUGCUUCACAUGUGUUUCCUGCGGGCGAACACUCCGCAACAAGGACUUUUACAACGUCAAUGGCUCCGUUUACUGCAAGGAGGAUUACAUGUUUUCAGGCUUCCAGAAGGCAGCUGAGAAGUGCAGUGUUUGUGGUCACCUCAUCUUGGAGCAGAUUCUGCAGGCUCUAGGGAACUCCUAUCACCCUGGAUGUUUCCGCUGUACGGUCUGCUCAAAGGCUUUGGACGGGGUGCCAUUCACAGUAGACUACCUCAACAAUGUCUACUGCGUCUCUGACUACAACAGGACAUUUGCUCCCAAAUGCGCUGCCUGUUUACAACCCAUCUUACCUGCUGAGGGCAGUGAGGAGAUCCUCAGGGUGGUGUCAAUGAACAAAGAUUAUCACUUUGAGUGUUAUCACUGUGAGGAGUGUGGGAAGCAGCUCUCCGAUGAGCCUGGAUCUCAGUGCUUCCCUCUGGAUUCCCACCUCCUCUGCCACUCUUGCCACAUGACCAGAGUGUGCGUCACAAAUAACCUUCCCCCUCACAACACACACUGAAAUGAGAACUAAUGUGCCUGACCAACUACUUUGUACUCUCAUAUGCACACUAGUGACCACUGUAAAUUGUCUUUCUAAUGUCUCUCUCUUCUAUGCCAGCUCUAUUUUCUUGAAGAUAGCAAGAGGGGAGAAAACACGAUUUCUCUUACGGAGACUUGAGGUCAUAAUACAUUUCAAAUGCAAAUCCCAGUCCUGGUACAAACUAUAUGUCCCCUAGUGGCUGGGAAAUGCAGCAACUGAAUCCUGCUGAACAGAAUAUUUCUUUACAUGUUCCUCUGAGUUUAAGAUUAUUGUUGCCUGCUUAUUUCAUUGCUAGAGGGAGUUGAAUUAUCACAGAAAAGUUUUCCUCCCAUAUCUACUGUUUGCUGUAGGAGGAAAAGAAAACAAGGGAUAUAUAUAUUUUUAUUGCUUAACAUUUUUCUAUAUUUAAUAUCACUAGCAGAGAUUUUGCACUUAAACAUGUUUACCUAUUAAGAGAUUUUUUUUUUU